UUAAUUUUUAAAGAAUGGCGGGUAAGAUUACCUUAAUCCAAAACCCAAAAUCAUAAACCCUAGAACGAUAUUCAAGAAACAUUAUUCAGUUGAAAUUACCGCCAACAACACGAACAUGCACAUUAGAACUCUCUGUUUUCUCUUUCGUUGUUAGUUCAAGAGAACUGAUAAAUCUGUGAUCGCAAAAGAGAGGGAAGAUGAAUUUCAGCGUCAAAGCUUUGAGCAAUGGCGGAGGCCGAGCAGGCUUAUUGCAGGUGGGAAGCUGUUCGUUUGAAACUCCCGCUCUUCUCAUCACUACACGCAAGGGUCUGCCCACCUUCAUUUCACCCGACAUGCUCUCUUCUCUUCCCACCCCGGAUUGUCGCCUCCUCCAAUUCAGCCCUCUUCAUCUUUUAGAAAGCAUAUCGAUGAAAACGAUAUCCGAGAUAGGAGGGCUGCAUCAGAUGCUUGGUUUGCAGGAACAUGUGUUUGCGGCCGUUCCGAGGGAUGGCAUUAUAUCCUUACCGGAUUAUCAGAGCGCCAACAAGACAGGAGCUUCUUUCGAGACUCCUUGUGGUCGCCUCCUGAUAAAACCGGUGCAGUACAUGGAAAUGAUAUCUUCGAUGAAGCCCAAUAUGUGGUCCACAUUGGCAGAUGAAGUUCCUGCUUGGGUUUCUGAGAAGAGGAACAAAACAUCAGUUGAUCGUACUUUGAGAUGGCUUGAUGAUUGCAUAAAAUCACCUUUUGCCAAGAAUACAGGUGGAGCUGUAUUUGGGUCCAUAGUUGGAGGAUCUAGAAUCGACGAACGGAAACGCUGUGCUCUAGAAGUUGCAAAGAGAGAUGUUUCAGGUUUCUGCAUUGGUGGCUUUGGCCUUGGAGAGAGUAUGGACGAACGCCCUGCUCUUUUGAAUGCGAUUACCGAAUGUUUACCAGAGGAUAAGCCGCGCCAGAUAUGUGGUCUUGGACUUCCAGAGGAAGUCUUGCAAGGUGUUGCAGCAGGCAUUGACCUAUUUGACUCCUCGUAUAUUUACCAUCUUACCCUUGGAGGCUUUGCAUUAACAUUUGGUUCGGAGGGAAUCGCGAAACAUGGUUCCGAAGACCGGCUAACCGAUUCUUGUGGAGAUGGCACAAAGAUCAAUCUGAAAGCAACCAUUUACAGAAAAGAUGCAUCGCCGAUUCUCGAGGGGUGCAAGUGCUACACGUGUCAGAAACACACAAAGGCUUACUUAAACCAUUUGUUCAACACUCAUGAAAUGCUGGCUCAUAUUCUUUUAGAAAUUCAUAAUGCGCAUCAUUAUCUAGGAUUCUUCCGCAUGAUAAGAGAAGCAAUUAACCGAGGAAAAUUUAACGAAUUUCGCCAAAAAUUUGUCGCAACUAGGCGCGACUAUAUCAUCGGAGCUGCUUCGAGUGCAUGAUUUAAGUUGCUAGGAAAAAAAAAUAGAUGAAUUUAAUCAUAGUUUAAUACUAUUAAUUGUUUUUUUUCUCCAAAAUUGGUUCAUUUUUUAUGAUGUUUUUGUUUUGGCCAAC